CAUGGUAAAACAAAGAAUCAGAAAGCAAUCAUCAUCGGAGUUGUUAUUGGUGGAAUUGUCUUGGCCUUUGUUAUCGGUUUCUUUGUUAUUGCUUCUUACCAUUGCCAGCAUUUUAAAGACUCAAGUGCAAGGGAAGUUCCUUCUAGGUGGCACCAAGAACAUGGACAUGGAAAAGAUUCAAGUGCAAGGGGAGUUCCUUCUAGGUGGCACCAAGAACAUGGACAAGGAUUUACCAAGAACUUUUGUCGACGCUUCUCAUUUGCUAAGAUCAAGGUUGCCACCAAGGACUUUGAUGAGGCUCUACUCCUUAGGCUUGGAGGUUUUGGUAAAGUUUACAAGGGAGAAAUCAACAAUGGAGCAACCAAAAUAGCAAUCAAGCGUGGAAACCUGCUCUUUGAUCAAGGAGUACACGAGUUUCAAACUGAGAUUGAAAUACUUUCAAAAGUUCGUCAUCACCACCUUGUUUCAUUGAUCAGCUAUUGUGAAGACAGCUGCAAAAUUAUUCUUGUUUAUGACUACAUGUCUCACAGAACACAAUGUGAGCAUCUAUACAAUACCCAAAAACCACCAUUGCCUAGGAAGCAAAGGCUUGAGAUAUGCAUUGGAGCUACCCGCAAUUUACACUAUCUCCACAUAGGUGCCAAGCACACUAUUAUCCACCGAGAUGUUAAGACAACAAACAUUCUCUUGGAUGAGAAGUGGGUUGCCAAGGUUUCUGAUUUUGGCUUUUCAAAAACAAGUGCUACACAGGAUAAGACACAUGUAACCACUGUUGUUAGGGGUAGUUAUGGGUAUUUGGAUUUGGAGUAUAUACUAUUACAGCAACUGAUUGAAAAAUCAGAUGUUUACUCAUUUGGGGUUGUUCUUUUUGAGAUCUUAUGUGCUCGGCCAGUAAUGGACACAUCACUUCCAGAGGAGCAAGUAAACUUGGUGGAGUGGGUUGUACACUGCCAAAAGAUAAGUAUUCUUGAUCAGAUGACUGAUCCUUAUCUGAAGGGGAAGAUUGCACCUAAAUGCUUCAAGCAGUAUGCUGUGACUGCAAUGAAAUGUGUGGCUAAUGAGGGUAGAGACAGGCCAUCUAUGGCUAAAGUAUUGUGGAACCUUGAGUUAUCUUUGCACCUACAAGCCAGUGCAGAGGAGAUAAAUGAGGGAAUUGCCAAAAUGCACAUCGAGGAGGAGACAUUUGCACCCCAUGCAUGGAAGAAAGAUUCUGGUGUAUCCCCAAGUUAUGAUGAUUGUGGAAGCUCAUUUUCUCGAGAAAUCCCAUGUCAAAAGCUUAAUGUUGGCCAUCUUUGGACUAGGUUUUUUUAG